ACACACUACAGAUACAGUACACACACUGUCACACUGUUGUGUUGUGUUGGGUUCCUUUCCUUCUUAGAGACUCCAACAGUUCCAACCAAAGCAGCAUUUUACUUAGCGUGAUAUAUAGUCAUAUAAUUGUUAUUUCUUUUUCUUUACUUUUUGUUUCUCUCUCUCUCUUCUCUUCUUCUCCACAUUUCUCUCUCACUCUCUCUCUCUUUCUAGUACUACACCUAUUCCCUUCUAUCUAUCUAUCUAUCUAUCUCCAAUUACGCAGUCUCACUCUCAGAUCUACCCAUCUCUUUGGGUGGAGGAGCUGAUUGAUUUCGAUAAGAUCUCGAUCUCGAUCUCGAAAGGAAAUGAGCAUGUACGGAAGGGAUCCAUGGGGUGGUCCCCUUGAGAUUAACGCUGCUGACUCUGCCACCGACGAUGACCGCAGCCGAAACCUUCAGGACUUCGACAGGGCUGCUCUCUCUCGCCCUCUGGACGAGACCCAGCAGAGCUGGCUGCUUGGCCCCGGCGAGCAGAAGAAGAAGAAGUACGUCGAUCUCGGCUGUAUCAUUGUUAGUCGCAAGAUCUUCGUCUGGACUGUCGGUACCCUUGUCGUCUCCGCCUUCUUGGCCGGUUUCAUCACCCUCAUCGUCAAGACUGUCCCACGCCACCGACACGCCCAUCCUCCUCCUGACAACUAUACCCUUGCUCUUCAUAAGGCUCUCAUGUUCUUCAAUGCUCAAAAAUCUGGGAAACUCCCAAAGCACAAUAAUGUAUCAUGGAGGGGUAAUUCCUGUCUAAAUGAUGGCAAAGGCCAAUCCGGAACAUUUUACAAGGAUCUAGUGGGUGGCUAUUAUGACGCUGGAGAUGCUAUCAAGUUCAACUUUCCUCAAUCCUUUGCCAUCACCAUGUUGAGCUGGAGUGUUAUUGAAUACAGACAAAAAUAUGAAGAUGCUGGAGAGCUCACCCAUGUUAAAGAAAUUAUUAAGUGGGGAACUGAUUAUUUUCUCAAGACAUUCAAUAGUACUGCAGAUACCAUUACUACCCUUGUUGCGCAGGUCGGGUCGGGGGAUACUUCUGGAGGGAGUACAGCUUCUAAUGAUCAUUAUUGCUGGAUGCGUCCUGAGGACAUUGAUUACAAACGACCUGUAAUGACAUGUUCCAGCUGCUCAGAUCUUGGUGCAGAAAUGGCUGCUGCUCUCGCUGCUGCAUCUAUUGUUUUCAAAGAGAACAAGGCCUACUCACAGAAACUUGUCCAUGGAGCCAGAACACUCUUUAAGUUUUCAAGAGAUCAGAGGGGCAGAUACAGCGCUGGUGGUUCUGAAGCUGCUACAUUCUAUAAUUCUACUAUUUACUGGGAUGAGUUUGUAUGGGGUGGAGCUUGGUUGUACUAUGCAACUGGGAAUUCUUCCUAUCUUCAGCUUGCCACUGCACCUGGUCUAGCCAGACAUGCCGGAGCUUUUUGGGGAGGCCCUGAUUAUGGUGUGCUUAGCUGGGACAACAAGCUUGCUGGGGCUCAGGUGCUUCUAAGCCGUUUGCGGUUGUUCUUAAGCCCUGGCUAUCCAUAUGAGGAAAUUUUAAGAACAUUCCACAAUCAGACUAGCAUCGUAAUGUGCUCAUACCUUCCAAUUUUCACUAGCUUCAAUAGAACCAAAGGUGGCUUGAUUCAAUUGAACCAUGGAAGGCCUCAACCUCUUCAGUAUGUAGUCAAUGCAGCCUUUUUAGCUACGCUGUACAGUGAUUAUCUUGAGGCUGCAGAUACACCUGGAUGGUACUGUGGACCCAAUUUCUAUUCAACUGAGGUCUUGCGUGAUUUUGCCAAAACACAGAUUGAUUACAUCCUCGGCAAAAAUCCUCGGAAGAUGAGCUACAUUGUGGGUUUUGGUAAUCAUUAUCCAAAACACGUCCACCAUAGAGGUGCAUCUAUCCCUAAGAAUAAGAUCAAGUAUAACUGUAAAGGAGGAUGGAAAUGGAGGGACACUUCAAAGCCAAACCCAAAUACACUUGUUGGAGCUAUGGCUGCUGGCCCUGACAAGCAUGACGGUUUCCAUGAUGUGCGUACAAACUACAAUUACACCGAACCAACCCUUGCUGGUAAUGCUGGUUUAGUUGCUGCACUUGUGGCUUUGUCAGGUGACAGGACUACUGGGAUUGAUAAGAACACCAUUUUCUCUUCGGUUCCUCCCAUGUUUCCAACUCCACCACCACCUCCAGCACCUUGGAAACCAUGAGAGGCUGUGUCGGUGCUCAUCUUUUUUGUGAAGUAUGCUGUAUGACUUACGAAUAGAUGAUUUUGGUGGAAGUAAUAGUUUUUUUGGAAUUUGUGUCACCUUCAAGGUAAAAAGUAAAUGCAAAGAUGAGGAAGGAGAUGCGCAUAAGAAAGCAAAGGACAGACUUCCUAAAAAUGGACUGGGGCCUGGUUGGGGGACUAAAGACCGGCAUUGAGAAUUGAUGAUCACUAAUGUUUAUGAAUGUCUUUGUUUUGGGUUGUGAUAUAUGUAGUAUAUAUGUAUGAAACCAUCAUGUAUUCUUUAAACACAAGAAGUUGACAGUUUGAGAUUUGUUGACAAAUAAAUUUUCACUUGGAAGUCCCACGAUUACCUUGUA